GCAAGUCAAUUUAAACAGGUAUCAUCGGAAAACCCAUUAUUAUAACAGGCUUAGAUGACAUUGCUGCAUUUUGUUGGUAACCUGUUAAUUUUGCAAUGUCCUCAAAUGGAGUAAAUAAAUGCCCUUCACCUUUACUUAAGGCAGUAGUACAGUGGCUGCAGAGGUCAGGAAAUAUCAAAAAUGGAGUUUAGACUUUUUAUUGUUUCGCUUGCCUGCCUGUGCUGUUUAACACCGCCAGCCCUCGGCAGCGUCACUCUACUGAAGGCCGCAGCGGUAGCUAAGGGCGCUGCCCUACUGAAAGCAGCGGCAGUGGCUAAGGGCGCUGCCCUACUGAAAGCAGCGGCAGUGGCUAAGGGUGCGGCCCUAUUAGGAGCGGGGGCGCUUAUCAAAGGCGCGGCUAUUAAAGGAGCAAUUAAAGGCGCAGCAGCCAAAGGUGCAGCUAUCUUGGCAGCAAAGGGCGCCGCAGUGAAGGGCGCACUGGCAAUAGCAGCCAAGGCAGCCGACAUCGCGGUACACAAGCUACCCCCCGUCCAACCACCACCGGUAUUGGUGCAGCCGCUCCCCCCGCCAAUCGUUAUCCCAGCAAACACCAUCGCAGUCGAGACGGCCCCCUCCCUCCCCCCGGUGCUGAGCAGCCUCACCUCCCUAUUGGGUUCGGCCCACAGUGUGGUGCAGCAUAAGAUCGACGCUGUCAGCAACGCCCUCCAUCCUCCGCGCAUCAUCACUGCGCCUGCGCCUGUUUUAUACAAAGUCGCGGAACCGGCGCAAUUCUACCCUUUAAUCCAGAGGGUCGAGGAAGACUGCCUGUGA